AUGAUUUCAGUUCCACCGAAUGGUCCUCCACCUCCGCCGCCCUAUGGUUAUCCACCCCAUCCUGGAGGAUUCGCGUAUAUACCCAUGCCGGCUCCAGUGAUGAUGCCGAUGUACCCGCCGCCUGCACCUGAUCCAACACCGAACCCCACUUACGUCACUAAUUAUUAUUAUCCCCAUGCGCCUCCACCGCCACCUGCUACGACUACGCCGGACCCAGUCAGAGUUGUCGAAGAUUCAAACCCAAUUGAAUGGGUUCAGUCAUCGCCCAACACUGCUUCAACACUCACACAUAGAGCAUUCGUGGCUGGUAGAGAAGGCUGGGAUGGCAGCCCUCUCUGGGUGAUCAGAUCGCAUCAUAGCGGAGAACUGAUCCCCGGGAAACUAGCCAUCAAACACCGAUCGGCUUACAUACCUCACGCGGGAAAAGAAGUCCCUGUCCAUAACUUUGAGGUUCUCUGUGCUCCUGGAAACGUCCUACGUUGGGUACCAGCAUCCAACGGUCAAGUUCCUGUAGGUGCGAUUCCAGCUGGCAACUCUCAUAGCGGAGAACCCUUGUAUAUUGCCAGGGUCAACCACCUGAAAUCUGUUACACCUGGGAAGGUUCAUCCCAGCCACGGAUGUUGCUAUAUCUCCUUUGGAGGCGAAGAAAUCCCCAUGAAGAAUUACGAAGUGCUCUGUAAAAUUGUGUGA